CUUGACGCAAUCCUUUCAUUUGCCGGUACCGCAUGUCACUGGAAGACAAGGCAAAAACUUCUCCGUAGUAACAGCUAAGCUGUGAAUGGUCCGUGACACUAGCAACGAGGCAGCAGAAACUCUUGCAGAACCCCACACCCAAAUCGGCCCAAUUUAUUCUUUUCUUUCUCUCGUCUACCCUCCCUCCAUCCCUUCCUGUUUACCACUGUCCCAGCCUCCAGUCCGUCUGUCUGCUCAUCACCACCAGACGACUCGCAAGAAUCCGUUGCUGGAGCUCAACCUUGCACAGAGACAGCCUUCCUGCUGUCGAGUAAGCCCCUCAUCUGCCGCGAGCAGGGUUUUUCACAGGCUCGCCUGUAUACCUACACGCCAACCGAUCUGACCUCUGUCGCCACCCUUCUUUCCUCGUCUGCGUUGUGAAAAAGUCGUCGCCUGUCGACCAUAGGAUGGGCCUUUCAACCGUGGAAACAAACAAGCAAGAGAUCGAAGCACCAGAGGUUAAGGAAGAGUACACUCCAUACCAGCCCGACAAGGGUUAUGGAUGGGGUGAGGCUUUGCCCGAGAAGCAAGGUCUCUACGAUCCUAGCCUUGAGAAAGAUGCAUGUGGUGUAGGCUUUGCUGCCCAUAUCAAGGGCAAGCCAAGCCACAAAAUCGUCAGCGAUGCGCGAAACCUCCUCUGUAACAUGACCCAUCGUGGUGCGGUCGGGUCAGACGCACGAGAUGGUGACGGUGCUGGUGUGAUGAGCUCGCUCCCUCACAAGUUCUUUGUCAAGAAUUUCGCCCGCGAGGUUGGCGUGGAAUUACCACCUCUUGGUCAAUAUGCUGCCGGCAACCUGUUCUUCAAGCCAGACACUGAGAUGCUGAAACAUGCCACCCUCAGUUUCGAGGAGGCCGCUCAAUCAUUGGGCCUGCGUACCCUCGGCUGGCGAGAGGUUCCACGAGACUCGACUCUUCUGGGUCCAGCUGCCCUUUCACGCGAACCCAUAAUCCUCCAACCCUUUGUCGUCCUUGCUUCCGCUUACGGGAGUGGCAAUAAACCAGAUGUCACCGACCCCGAACAAUUCGAUGAUGUUGAGUUCGAGCGAAAGCUGUACAUCCUAAGAAAGACAGUCUCCCACGAUCCACGUUGGAAGCCCUGGUUCUACGUGUGCUCCCUAAGCAACAGAAAUAUCGUCUACAAGGGACAGUUGGCGCCUGUGCAGGUGUACCAGUAUUACCAUGAUCUUGUCUCGGUAGAUUAUGAGGCUCACUUCGCCCUGGUGCAUUCGCGUUUCUCCACAAACACUUUCCCAUCGUGGGAUCGGUCACAGCCCCUGCGCUGGCUUGCUCACAACGGUGAGAUCAACACUCUGCGAGGCAACAAGAACUGGAUGAGAGCUCGUGAGGGCGUGCUGCGAUCGGAUCUUUUUGGCGAAGAACUCGAGAAAUUGUUCCCCAUCGUUGAGGAUGGUGGCUCAGACUCUGCCGCCUUUGACAACGUCCUGGAGCUUUUGGUCAUGAACCGUGUGCUUUCUUUGCCCGAAGCCGUCAUGAUGAUGGUGCCUGAGGCAUGGCAGGGUAACAAUGCCAUGGACGCUGGUAAAGCCGCUUUCUACGAAUACGCAGCCAACUUGAUGGAGCCGUGGGACGGCCCUGCGCUCUUCACAUUUUCAGACGGUCGAUACUGUGGCGCCAACUUGGACCGAAAUGGUCUGAGACCUUGCCGUUACUACGUGACGGAUGAUGAUCGAAUCAUCUGCGCCUCGGAAGUAGGUACUAUUGCGAUCGAACCCGAGAGAGUGAUCCUCAAGGGGCGCCUGCAACCCGGAAAGAUGCUUCUGGUUGAUACUGAAGCUGGGCGCAUCAUUGAUGACGCUGAACUCAAAGCCACUGUCGCAAGCCGACAACCUUUCCAACAGUGGCUGGACAAGAACCUCAUGAAAAUGCCUCAAAUCUAUGAGGCAUUGUCCAAGGAAUCCGACCUGAAUUAUAAACUUACGGACACCAGCGUUCAAGAAGACCCUAGACUAAAAGCAUUCGGAUACUCCUUCGAGCAGGUUAGUCUGCUUCUUGCACCAAUGGCUGCCGACUCAAAGGAAGCACUUGGAUCUAUGGGUAACGAUGCACCUCUUGCAUGUCUUGCACAGCAACCACGACUUCUAUAUGAAUAUUUCAGACAGCUAUUCGCCCAGGUGACAAACCCGCCUAUCGACCCUAUUCGAGAAGCGAUUGUCAUGUCUCUGGAGUGCUACGUUGGUCCUCAGGGCAAUUUGCUCGAGAUGGACGAGUCACAGUGCGGCAGACUGUUGCUUCCAUCUCCAAUUUUGGAGACGGAAACUUUCAAUGCGCUGAAGAACAUCAACCAGUACAACAAGGACUGGACUGUUCGGACUAUUGACAUCACUUUUGAUAAAUCAAACGGUGUCGACGGCUUCAUGAAGGCUCUCGACGACAUCUGCGACGAAGCUACAGCUGCAAUCGAGCAAGGUGAUAAGAUCAUCAUCCUGUCUGAUCGAGCUACCAGUGAAGAGCGGGUUUCUGUGCCUACUUUACUUGCCACUGGUUUGGUUCAUCAUCACUUGGUGCGCAACAAGUGGCGAUCUAGAGUGGCGCUCAUUGCCGAGACUGCUGAUGCCAGAGAAGUCCACCACAUGUGUGUCCUCGUCGGCUACGGUGCUGAUGGUAUCAACCCUUACCUGGCUAUCGAAUGCAUUCUGAAGCUCAACCGUGAGGGCAUCAUCAAGAAGAAGCUCACUGAUCAGCAACUGAUCGCUAACUACAAGGCUUCUUGCGACGGAGGUAUUCUGAAAGUCAUGAGCAAGAUGGGUAUUUCCACUCUGCAGUCAUACAAGGGAGCUCAGAUCUUUGAAGCAUUGGGUAUUGACGACACUGUGGUUGACCGAUGCUUCGCUGGUACUGCCACUCGUGUUCGUGGUAUGACCUUCGAGUUGAUUGCCGAAGACUCAUUCGCUAUCCAUGAACAAGGUUAUCCUUCGAGACAUAUCCGAGAUGUCCCAGGAUUGCCUGAAACCGGAGAGUACCAUUGGCGCGAUGGUGGUGAGAACCACAUCAACGACCCUGUCAGCAUUGCAAACAUUCAGGAUGCCGUUCGAACCCACAACGAUAAGUCGUACGAGGCCUACUCUCUUUCCGAGUAUGAGCAGAUCAAGAACUGCACACUCCGCGGCCUGCUCGAUUUCGAUUUCGAACAACGCCAGCCCGUGCCAAUUGACCAGGUUGAGCCAUGGACGGAAAUUGUACGACGAUUUGUUACAGGUGCCAUGUCCUACGGAUCAAUUUCUAUGGAGGCUCACUCCACAUUGGCCGUCGCCAUGAAUCGUCUUGGUGGGAAGUCCAACACCGGUGAAGGUGGUGAGGAUCCUGAACGAAGUCUGAAGAUGGAAAAUGGCGACUCCAUGCGCUCGGCCAUCAAGCAGAUUGCUUCUGGGCGGUUUGGUGUCACGUCAAACUACCUUGCUGACUCCGAUGAGCUUCAGAUCAAAAUGGCUCAGGGUGCCAAGCCUGGUGAAGGUGGUGAACUGCCUGGUCAUAAAGUUUCUGAGCCAAUUGCUCGCACCAGACACUCUACUCCGGGUGUCGGCCUCAUUUCGCCUCCUCCUCAUCACGACAUCUAUUCAAUUGAGGACUUGAAACAGUUGAUUUACGAUCUGAAGUGCUCGAACCCCCGCGCCAGGGUCUCUGUCAAGCUUGUGUCAGAAGUCGGCGUCGGUAUCGUCGCGGCUGGUGUUGCAAAGGCCAAGGCCGACCACAUCCUGAUCUCUGGCCAUGACGGUGGUACGGGUGCUUCGAGAUGGACCGGUAUCAAAUAUGCCGGUCUUCCGUGGGAAUUGGGUUUGGCCGAAACCCAUCAGACCUUGGUUCUCAACGAUCUGCGAGGCCGUGUCAUUGUGCAGACUGACGGUCAGAUCCGAACUGGACGUGAUGUCGCUAUUGCUUGUCUGCUUGGCGCGGAGGAAUGGGGUUUUGCCACCACACCUCUCAUCGCCAUGGGUUGUAUCAUGAUGCGCAAGUGCCAUCUGAACACCUGCCCUGUCGGCAUUGCUACUCAAGAUCCUCUACUCAGAAAGAAAUUCCAGGGCACUCCGGAGCACGUCAUCAACUUCUUUUACUACAUUGCCAAUGAGCUUCGUGCAAUCAUGGCCCGUCUUGGUUUGAGAUCUGUCAAUGAGAUGGUCGGUCGAGCCGAGCUCUUGAAGGUUCGUGACGACCUUCGCUCACGGAAAACCGAAAACCUCGACCUGUCUCUUAUUUUGACCCCCGCACACUCCAUCCGUCCAGGUGUUGCCACCUACAAUGUCCGCAAACAGGAUCAUAAGUUGCAUACCCGUCUCGACAACAAGCUCAUCUCAGAGUCCGAACUCGCUCUCGAGAAGGGUCUGCCAUGUCGGAUUGAAACCGACAUUGUCAACACUGACCGGACACUGGGUGCCACCUUGUCCUACCAAAUCAGCAAGCGCUAUGGCGAGGCUGGUCUUCCUCAAGAUACCAUCCACGUCAAUAUCAGAGGCUCUGCUGGUCAAUCAUUCGGUGCUUAUCUCGCUCCUGGUGUUACUCUUGAGCUCGAGGGUGAUUCCAACGACUACGUCGGCAAAGGCCUUUCUGGCGGCCGUCUGAUCAUCUAUCCUCCUCGCAGCGCUGUUUACAAGGCCGAGGAGAACAUCUUGAUCGGCAAUGUCUGCCUCUACGGUGCUACCAGCGGCACAUGUUACUUCCGUGGUGUCGCUGCUGAACGUUUCGCAGUCCGAAACUCUGGUGCCAAUGCUGUUGUCGAAGGUGUCGGUGACCACGGUUGCGAGUACAUGACUGGUGGCCGCAUCGUUGUCCUUGGUAGCACUGGCCGCAACUUCGCUGCUGGUAUGUCUGGAGGUAUCGCGUAUGUGCUCGAUAUGAACCAAGAUUUCCACUCCAAGAUCAACAUGGAAAUGGUUGAAGUUUCUGGUGUUGAGGAUCCAUCCGAGAUCGCCUUCCUUCGAGGCAUGAUCGAGGAUCACCAUCACUACACUGGUUCCGAGCUUGCUGCCCGUAUACUUCUCGAAUUCAACCGCGCCCUCCCACGAUUUGUCAAGGUGCUUCCCACCGACUAUAAGAGAGUAUUGGCCGAGCAAGCCAAGAAGGCUGAGGAAGCCAAAAAGGCAGAAUAUCCUCUCCCAUUGCUCCCUGGCAACCCAGUUCGAAACCUUCAUCAAGAACAGCGCAAUGCCGCACAAGACAAGGAGGCCCAGCAGAAGAAGGCUGACAUGCUCGAUAUUGAGGAAGGAAUCAACGGAGAUGCAGACAAGGCUAAGCAGAAGGCGGCAUUGGUCCUGGACAAGACCCGUGGUUUCAUGAAGUAUACUCGCCGUAGCGAGAAGUAUCGCAACGUCAAGACCAGAGUCAAGGACUGGGGCGAGCUGUCGUCGCGCCUCAAUGAAGACGAGCUCAAAUAUCAAGCUGCUCGAUGCAUGGAUUGCGGUGUUCCAUUCUGUCAAUCGGAUACCGGAUGUCCGAUUUCCAACAUCAUUCCCAAGUGGAAUGAGCUUGUCUUUCAAAACCAGUGGAAAGACGCUCUCAACCGUCUGCUGAUGACCAACAACUUCCCUGAGUUUACUGGUCGUGUCUGCCCUGCUCCUUGCGAAGGUGCUUGCGUUUUGGGAAUCAACGAAGACCCUGUCGGCAUCAAGAGCAUUGAGUGUGCCAUCAUUGACAAAGGCUUCGAGGAGGGCUGGAUGGUUCCAAACCCGCCGACUGAACGCACUGGCAAGAAGGUUGCCGUCAUCGGAUCUGGGCCUGCUGGUCUUGCUGCUGCGGAUCAGCUCAACCGUGCCGGACACACCGUCACAGUCUACGAGAAAUCCGAUCGCGUUGGUGGUUUGUUGAUGUACGGCAUUCCCAACAUGAAGCUCGACAAACGCAUUGUCCAACGACGAGUCGAUCUCAUGGCCGCUGAAGGUGUCAACUUCGUGACUGGCGUCAUGGUUGGCCCGGGCGAAGAGGUCAGCUUGGAGUCACUCCGCCAGAGCAACGACGCAGUCGUCAUCUCGACUGGUGCGCAAGUUCCCCGUGACUUGAAAAUCAAGAACAGAGAAGCGGAAGGCAUUCAUUUCGCCAUGGAGUUCCUCCACGCAAACACCAAGUCUCUGCUCGACUCCGAACUAGGUGACGGCAAGUACAUUACAGCUAAGGACAAGCAUGUCAUCGUCAUUGGCGGUGGCGAUACUGGUAAUGACUGCAUUGGUACUUCUCUUCGACAUGGUGCCAAGUCCAUCACCAACUUCGAGCUCUUGCCUCAACCCCCACCAGAGCGUGCCCGCGACAAUCCAUGGCCACAAUGGCCUAGAAUCUACCGUGUUGACUAUGGCCACACCGAGGUUAAACAGCACUAUGGCAAGGAUCCCCGUGAGUACUGUGUCAUGACCAAGGACUUCGCUGUGGAAGACGGUCGGGUCGUCGGUAUCAACACCAACCGUGUGGAAUGGAGCAAGUCAGCCACGGGUGCGUGGGAGAUGAAACCCAAGGAAGGUAGCGAGGAAUACUUCCCAGCCGACCUUGUCCUUCUGUCCAUGGGUUUCCUUGGUCCAGAUGAUCGGUUGUUCAACUCCGAGAUCGAGCUCGAUGCGCGCAAGAACAUCAAGACUCCGAAGAACAUGUACAACACCAACCUUCCUGGAGUCUUUGCUGCUGGCGACUGCCGUCGCGGCCAGUCUCUCAUUGUCUGGGGCAUCAACGAAGGGCGACAGUGCGCACGACAGGUGGACAGUUUCUUGAUGCACACCGGCUCUAUCCUGCCUGUCACUGGAGGUAUUGUUCGCCGUGCUCAGCAUGACUCUGUGCCAUCUCCACGAGUGCCCAAGGCCCAGAAGGAAGCUGAUAUGGCUCACGCCAGUGAGGAGUUCAAGCGUGCCCCCGAGAUCAAGGCUCAAGCUUGAGUGGCUCGGGGACGGCAUAUAUGAGUGGAACUUGAGCAUUGGGGUGGCCGGGUUACGACAUGAAAUAUUAAGGGGCGGCUCUUUCGUCAUUCAAUAUUCGGUUCGGUAUGGCAAGCGCAUUCGGUCCGUGGAUUCUCCUAUACCCCCUGACGAAGCGCUUCAUGGAUUGCGAGAUGAAGGAGGUUCUUACUUGAUAUUACGGCAUUGCAGCUCUCAGGUUUUGAUGAUGAUGGGGUAUGAUUUCACUUCUUACGAUCGUUCCUGAGCGAAGGAGUUCCAGUCUUCGCACAAAUUCAGUCGUUUCAUUCAAGGAUUUGCAGAUUGGUCGAAAAUUGGGGAAAAUGAAGCCAUGGAUAUGAGUAUUAAACAUCAGAGACGAUACUGCAGACUGCCAACGGGAAGUGUAUCAUUAUGGACAGCGGUAGAUUGCACAAAAUAUAUUUAUUGAAUACUGA